ACCGCCCUGAGAUCCAUCUCCAGAUCUGCGAGCAUUGUGUGCAAAAACGAAUUGCGAUUUCAUUUCAUGUUGCAAAAGUGUGGAGGAAAAAGCCACGAGUGAUUUAAAUUAAAGCAAAUAGGACCAUCGAGAAGAAAACAGACUCAAAAUGGAAGUGACAGAGGCAAAUUUACAGCUGCUGGCCGGUUAUUUGCAGCAGACGCUGAGCGCCGAUCCAAAUGUCCGCCGGCCGGCCGAAAAACUUUUGGAGUCCACGGAACUGCAGCAGAAUUACCCGAUCCUACUGCUCAAUCUGAUAGACAAAGCCCAAAUGGACAUGACCACGCGGGUGGCGGGAGCCAUUGCCUUUAAGAACUAUAUUAAGCGGAAUUGGGCAGCCCACCUGGACAGCGAUGGGCCAGAUCGCAUCCACGAAAGUGACAGGAAUACAAUUAAGACCCUGAUCGUAACGCUAAUGCUUCACUCACCGGUGGCAUUGCAAAAACAACUAAGCGACGCGGUCAGCAUCAUAGGCAAACAUGAUUUUCCCAAAAAAUGGCCGCAGCUUAUCGACGAGAUGGUGGAGAGAUUCGCCUCUGGCGAUUUCAAUGUCAUCAACGGCGUUUUGCAAACCGCACACUCGCUGUUCAAGCGCUAUCGUUAUGAGUUCAAGUCGCAGGCUUUGUGGGAGGAGAUCAAGUUUGUGCUGGAUCGCAUGGCUAAACCUCUGACAGACCUGCUCCAGGCCACUAUGCAGCUGACCAAAGUGCACGAGAACAAUGCCGAGGCUUUGAAGGUCAUUUACGGCUCUUUGGUUCUUGUAAACAAAGUAUUCUUCUCGCUCAAUUCUCAAGACUUGCCAGAGUUCUUUGAGGACAAUAUCAACACGUGGAUGGGAGCGUUUAUUCAACAACUGGCCGCAGAUGUGCCAUCCCUGCGUACUGGUGAUGAUGAGGAUGCGGGUGUUCUGGAGCAUCUGCGUGCUCAAGUCUGCGAGAAUAUUUGCCUAUAUGCGAAAAAGUACGACGAGGAGUUCAAGCCAUUUAUGGAGCAAUUUGUGACUGCAGUUUGGGAAUUGCUGGUCAAGACCAGCUUGCAAACCAAGUACGAUUCGUUGGUUUCGCAUGCUCUGCAGUUCCUCUCUGUGGUGGCAGAGCGCCCGCACUAUCAGAGCAUUUUCGAGAAUCCAGAGAUUCUUGCGCAGAUCUGCGAUAAAGUAGUCAUUCCCAAUCUAGAUAUCCGGCCCUCAGAUGAAGAAAUUUUCGAGGACAGUCCGGAGGAGUAUAUUCGGAGGGAUAUUGAAGGCUCUGACAUUGAUACACGACGUCGGGCAGCAUGCGAUCUGGUCAAGACCUUAUCUAUCAACUUUGAACAAAAGAUCUUUGGCAUCUUUGGCCAGUAUCUAGAGAUAUUGUUGACCAAGUAUAAAGAGAAUCCGGCUACCAAUUGGAGGUCAAAGGAUACGGCAAUUUAUUUGGUUACUUCGUGGGCAUCUCGAGGUGGAACUCAAAAGCAUGGCAUCACACAGACCUCGGAGUUGGUUCCACUUCCUGAAUUUGGUGCCCAGCAAAUUAUUCCAGAACUGGAAAGACCCAACAUUAACGAGUUUCCCGUGCUUAAAGCUGCUGCCAUUAAGUAUAUAAUGGUGUUCCGCAGCAUUUUGGGUCCCCAAGUCCUGGCCAACUGCCUGCCCCAGCUUAUUAGACAUCUCCCCGCCGAAAGCCCCGUUGUUCAUAGCUAUGCUGCUUGUUCCGUGGAGAAGAUCCUAACUAUGCGGGAUGCCAGCAAUGCCAUCUUGUUUGGACCUCAGGUCUUAGCACCUCACGCAACCCAACUUAUUAGCGGGUUGUUUGCGACCCUUUCGCUUCCGGGAUCCGGAGAGAAUGAGUACGUAAUGAAAGCUAUCAUGCGAAGCUUUUCGGUUUUGCAAUCGGCUGCCAUGCCCUUCAUGGGCGUCGCCCUUCCACGGCUUACCGAGAUUCUCACCAAAAUGCCGUCGCGUCCACACUUUAAUCACUACCUUUUUGAAACGCUGGCUCUGUGUAUAAAAAUUGUUUGUCAGGCCGAUGCCUCGGCUGUGAGCUCCUUUGAGGAGGCCUUGUUCCCAGUUUUCCAAGGAUUCUUACAGCAGGAUAUUGUCGAAUUUAUGCCCUACGUCUUCCAGAUGCUUUCUGUGCUGCUGGAAGUGCGUGAGGGCUCUGGUUCUAUACCGGAACCCUAUUGGGCACUGUUCCCCUGCUUGUUGUCCCCAGCUCUGUGGGACCGGACGGGCAAUGUCACACCAUUGAUUCGCCUUAUUUCUGCUUUCAUCAAGCAGGGUUCAGCUCAGAUUCAAGCCCUGGGUAAACUGAGCGGAAUCCUCGGAAUAUUCCAAAAGAUGAUUGCCUCCAAGGCUAACGACCAUGAAGGUUUUUAUCUGCUCCAGAAUCUGCUUUCAUACUACCCUCCAGCUGAGAUUCAAACUAAUCUUCGUCAGAUCUUUGGCUUGCUCUUCCAGCGAUUGUCGCUCUCAAAGACUCCAAAGUAUUUAAGCGGCAUCAUAAUCUUCUUCAGCUUUUAUGUGAUUAAGUUCAGUGGCAGUCAGAUGGCUCAAUUGAUAGAUGAGAUUCAGCCUAACCUGUUUGGAAUGCUGCUGGAUCGCGUGUUCAUCACCGAAAUGGGCAAGGUUCCCAAGGAACAGGAUCGCAAAAUGGUGGCCGUGGGUGUCACUAAGCUCCUUACAGAAACUCCAGAAAUAUUGCAGCAACAGUACGCUACUUUCUGGCCACGACUGCUGCAUUCUCUAAUCGAUCUUUUUGAGCGACCACCUGAGAAAUUGAAGGGUCUCGAAUUAGGAGAGCCAGCAGGAGUUGCCGAGGAUCCGGAUGCGGGCUAUCAAGUGGCAUAUGCCCAACUUACUAAUGCCCAGCCCAACCAGCAAGAUCACCUGGCUGAGAUUAAGGAUGCCCGCCAGUUUCUAGCCACUUCGCUUUCUAAGUUUGCCCAGGCUAGGGCAGGAGAAUUCUCCACUUUGCUGUCGCCCCUGGAGCCGGAAUACAAGCAAGUACUACAGAAAUAUUGUGAUCAGGCUGGAGUGCGAAUUGCCUAAAGGAAACGAACGACUCGGAGCUCAUUCAUCGCAAUCAAACCUCGCCAUACAUUCGGAAAUCUUCACUUACACGCACUCAAUCAUUCAUUGCAUGCCCAGUUUAUUGUCAAUAAAAGUUUGUUUAUAAUGUAUCUAUAUGUAAGUUUUGUAAACAAUUAAAAGUUAUGUUUUCAGAAA